CGGACCCGUCAGCGAUGGACAUGGACGUCGCGCACUACCUACUCACGGAGACCAAGAAGGACAAGGAGAACGUUGCGACCAUGGCGGCUUUCCCGUCCAAGGAGGCCUACCGGAGGCUUCUCGUGGAGAAGCUGCUCAAUAACCGCACACCGAUCCUCGCCUUGAGGAACAAGCCGCCGGAGCCUGAAAAUGUCUCGGUUGCGCCGCUGCGGACACGAUUUCUUCUCACCAGACCAAGCAGGCAAAGCAGAUGCGCUACAUUCCCCAUUCUGCGGAGAGCACUCUGGAUGCACCGAACCUCAUAGACAGACUACUACCUCAACUUGAUGGGCGGAGCAGCAACCUACUGUCCAUUGCGCUGGGAGACAUGAUCUACCUCUAGGAUGUCUCAAGUGGAUCCACGUCUGAGCUUGUGGAAGUCGAGGAGGACAAUGGUUGCAUCACAGACUCCUGAUGGAUGCCAUCUUGCUAUUAGGCUCAACUCCUCUUUUGUGUGUGCUAGGACACGAGCUGAAACCACCUGGUUAGUUAACCACUGUCCAAAAAAAAUGUUAUUUAUGUCCUAAAUAGCUUGACCAUACACCAAUAUCUUAAAAUAUCAUCGUCAAUCUCUAUUUUUUUGAGCUAGGUCAGUGUUAUAUAUUGUUGUU